AUGGCGGCAUCUCGGCGGCUCCGGGACCUGCAAUCGCAGCCAGGGAACAAGAUCUGCGUCGACUGCUCCCAGAAGAACCCGCAAUGGGCUUCGGUAUCCUACGGCGUCUUCAUGUGCUUAGAGUGCUCCGGCAAGCACCGCGGCCUCGGCGUUCACAUCUCCUUCGUCCGAUCCGUCACCAUGGACUCCUGGUCCGAGAUCCAGAUCAAGAAGAUGGAGGCCGGCGGCAACGAGCAGCUCAACGCCUUCCUCGCCAGCUACGGCGUCUCCAAGGAGACGGAUAUCGUCACCAAGUACAACACCAACGCCGCCAGCGUCUACCGGGAUCGGAUUCAAGCCCUAGCCGAGGGUCGUCCUUGGCGGGACCCACCCGUCGUGAAGGAGAGCCUAGGGUUCGGGAAAUCAAAGCCACCUUUGGCCCAUGGAGGCGGCGGCGGCAGGGGUGGUAAUUCGGGAAACAAUGGGGGGUGGGAUAGUUGGGACGACGACGGUUUCAGAUCGUCGAACGAUAUAAGGAGGAACCAGUCGACCGGCGACUUCAGAGCUGGUGGUGGUGGUGGUCAUGGUGGUCGUGGGAAUGGUGGAUAUGGAGGAAGCAUGCCCGCCAGGUCGAGGUCUACGGAGGACAUUACGAGAUCGCAAUUUGAGGCCUCGGCGGCGAACAAGGAGAGCUUUUUCGCGAGAAAAAUGGCAGAGAACGAGUCGCGGCCGGACGGGCUCCCGCCCUCGCAGGGCGGGAAGUAUGUCGGGUUUGGAUCGAGUCCCGCGCCUUCCCAGAAUCAUCAGAAUGUGAAUGCGCAAGGCGAUGUGUUAUCUGUUGUUUCUCAGGGUAUUGGUAAGUUAUCUUUGGUUGCUGCGUCUGCGGCUCAGUCGGCUGCGAAUGUAGUCCAGGCAGGCACGAAAGAGCUCACUACAAAGGUGAAAGAGGGUGGCUAUGAUUACAAGGUGAAUGAAACUGUUAAUGUUGUCACUGCAAAGACUACAGAGAUAGGACAUAGGACUUGGGGGAUUAUGAAAGGGGUCAUGGCAAUGGCUUCACAAAAGGUUGAAGAGUACACUAAAGACGGAACAACCUGGAAGGCUGAUAAUAACUGGCAACGAAAUGAUAGUGAGCAAAAUGGAUAUUAUCAAGAGUUUAAACAGGAGAAUAAACAAUGGAAUUCUUCUGGAGGGGGGCAGUCAUCAAGUGGGAAUUUUAAUUCUCAAGGCUCGAGUUCUUGGGAUGAUUGGGACCAAAAAGACAAUAGGAAGCAAGAGACUACUAAGGGAACGGGAUCCAAUAGCAGUGACGGUUGGGCUGGCUGGGAUGAUGGCAAAGACGAUGGAUUUGAUCAUUACCAGAGUGCAUCUGUUUCGAAGGCUGCUGGUCACAAUGGGAAAUCGGAUUCAUCGUGGACUGGGGGAGGCUUUAACUAA